AUGAUGAAUACAAUUCCCCUUCUAAUAUUGGGAAUACAAACGACACCAGUCUACGUUCCUCAUUCCGAUUUUAUGCCCUCUCCUCUUCAUCCAAAUAUCAAUACAACAACAAUUGAUCGGUCGGUGAGGAGUGUUAGUUGUGGUGGAACUUUUUUUGUGGUGCGAUUGUGGGAUUCUAUUGGUAAUCAAGCAUUGAAUAAUGCUGCUGCUGAAGAGUUGUAUAUCAAGUUUUCAACACCUAAAACAACUCAAUCACCCUACUUUAAAUCACUUAAUUAUGUUGUGAUGAAUGAUGCAUUUCGGAAUGUGAAUGGUGGUGGUGAUACGAGUGUGGAUGUGUUGAAUAAUGAUAGUAAUCCGUUUUAUCAAUUGGAUUAUCGAUUGGCUAUAGAAGAAUUGAAAUUGGGAAAUUGUUAUCAAGUGGAAAAUGUGUUUUGUAAUCAGGUAUUCAUAAUAUUACAAAUGAGGAAUAAGUUGAUAUUGGCUAUUGAAAGUUCAUCUGGAACUUUACACAAGUCAAAGAAAUUUAUGGAUGAUUCCAGUUUGGGGAUUAAGGAAAUUGUGAGUGGACCUCUUGCACUUCAUAUUCUCGUUCGUGGAACUGAUAAUAUGGUGUAUUAUUUUCGUGCUGAUGCUAGCUCGUUUUCAGAGGAUCCAAAAUUACAUUUGGAUUUAACAGAGAGGAAGUAUGUCAUGUCGGCAUUGAGUGGGAGAUCAACAUUUGUAGUUUAUGAAACUCAGGAUCGAAAACAUCAAAUUCUCUGUCAUGGUGAUGAUCAAUUCCGUACACAAAAUGGUCAAGUAUCCAAUGACAAGUUCACUGAAUUGAAAACGCCAUUUCAAGGAGAAAGAAUUAAUCAAAUCAAAUGUGGAUAUUUUCACACGGGAGUUUUAUUGGAGAAUGGAGAUGUUUACAUGUGUGGUUAUAAUACCUAUUCACAAUGUGGAAGUCAUGGUCCAGAUCAGUAUUUCCAAAAGAUUAAUUUUCCAUCAUUCCCCUUACGACCAUAUCUGACAUCAGAUAGUCCCGUUUAUGAAGGCAACUCUACAAGCCAACACAAAUUCCAACCAAAUAGAAUAAUUUGUUCCUCAAUUGCAACAACAUUUAUCAAUGAUCAUGGAUUUAUCAUUGUUGGAGAUUCUGCAAAUUCCUCUUCGAAAAAGUACAUAUUUGCUGAUGAUGGUGUCAAUAUAGUCAACUGUAUUUAUCAUGCAUUUGGAAAAGAGGAAAUGUUAAAUAAUUAUGAAACGAAUAGUGUCGAAUGUGGUGGAUGGCACUUUGUAGUCUACAAUAAGAAGCUAAUGGACAGCAAAUGUCUCAAAUAUUUCAACGAAAAUUUGAAAAAGAUUGUUUCAACAGAUGAAAAUUGCUUUUCAGACCUAAUUGUAAAAUAUUAAAUUUAUUGACUUGUAAAUUUAAUUGGAAAUAUUGCAAGACGCCAUUAUGAACACUAAUCUGUAAUAGCACCAAUAACCUCCUCAACAAUUGUAUUCUUGUGUGUUGCAGUAUAAUUUUGUGAAUUGGAAAAUAAGUGAUAAUGAUGUUUUGACAUGACGAUAAUGAGAGAUUUUAUAAACUUCUUAUUACUCACACUACCUUUCAUAUCACUCAAUAACUUAUUCUUCAAAUCUGUAAUAAAUGAUUCUGAUUC